GACCGAGGGGCUGGCGCGGCCCCGGGGGGCUGGCGGGGCUUCCGCGCUUAGGGACACAGGGAGCUUGAGCAGUGUCAGAGAUGCAGGGUUUGAGUCCAAAUGCCCGCUGGAGUUCCCUUGCAAAGGGAAUGUUUCCGUGGUUCUGGGCUGCAGGUGGCCGGGGCUCGCAUCACCGUCAGACGUGCUGGUCACCCCUGGCGUGGGGCCUGGAUGCUGAAUGAACUAGUGGUGGGAGACACCAAUGGAAAACUCUAUGUUUACAAGAAUGAUGACAGCAAACCCUGGGCUGUGCGAUCUUGCCAAGGAAUGCUCACGUGUGUUGGUGUGGGCGAUGUAUGCAAUAAAGGAAAGAAUUUCGUGGUGGCGGUGAGUGCAGAAGGCUGGUUUCAUCUUUUUGACCUGACUUCUCCAAAACACCCAGAUGCUUCAGGCCACCAUGAGUUGGCAGCAGCAGAAGAGCAGAACCCAGUGUUCAAGCAGCACAUUCCUGCCAACACCAAGGUCAUGCUGAUCAAUGACAUUGAUGGAGAUGGGAAGUGUGAGUUGGUGGUGGGUUACACUGACAGGGUGGUGCGUGCCUUCCGCUGGGAGGACUCGUCAGAGAAUUCAGACCACAUCUCUGGGCAGCUGCUCUUGUUGAAGAAAUGGCUGCUAGAAGGCCAGGUGGACAGCCUCUCUGUGAACCUGGGCCCUGAUGGCUCCCCGGAGCUGAUGGUGUCGCAGCCAGGCUGUGGCUACGCCAUCCUGCUGUGCACCUGGGACAUGGAGCACCGGGACACAUCUGCGGGAAGGGACGGCUCUGCUUCAAGCAGUGAGGCCCCUGUUCGAGAUGUUAUUCUACACCAAACAUCUGGACGGAUUCACAACAAGAAUGUCUCCACUCAUCUAAUUGGUAGCAUUGCCCGAGGUGGCUCCAGUGAGAAUAGUGGCUCAGGUCUCUUUGCCCUCUGUACUCUGGAUGGGACAUUGAAACUCAUGGAGGGAGCAGACAAGCUGCUCUGGUCUGUUCAGGUUGAUCACCAGCUGUUUGCUCUGGAAAAGCUGGAUGUUACAGGCAAUGGGCACGAGGAGGUGAUUGCCUGUGCGUGGGAUGGUCAGACAUACAUCAUUGACCACAAUCGGACUGUUGCCAGGUUUCAAGCAGAGGAGAAUGUCAGUGCGUUCUGUGCAGGCCUCUAUGCAUGCAAAGGAGGAAGCAACAGUCCCUGCCUGGUUUAUGUCAGCUUCAGCCAGAAGAUCUACAUCUACUGGGAUGUGCAGCUGGAGAGAAUGGAGUCCACCAACCUGUUGAAAAUCCUGGAGGGUGACCCAGAGUUUGCAAGUCUCCUGCAGCAGCUGGGUGUAGGUAACAAUUUUCAAGGGCUAGACAUUUGUUUUCAGUUGAAGAGCUUCCAGAGGGAGAAGUCGGAAACAGAAGCAGCCAGCACAUAUAUCCCUGAGAUGAACCGACAAAUUCAAAUGAUUCCUGAAUGCAAGACACAACCUAAUCAGAAGGUAUUUAUUUUGUGUAGGGCUUACAUUACGUUCCUAUAUAGCUCUUCAAGGAUAUAUGACAUGAUAUUAUAACUACAAUAGUAACAGCUGGUGUCAUUUAGGAAAGGGAAAGACUGGAUGCCUUGCACCCCAGUCACCUGUGCUUGAUCUUACUGGAAUAAUCCCCAGUGCCUUGCUCACUUCAUUUCUUCACCCCUUUGCACUUGAAAGGGAAAAGGAAAUGUGUUUGCCAUAUGUUUUCUGCCCCCUCUGCCUUAAUGGCAGGCCAGAGGUGAUGAAGUAACAGCAGGUCUCACAUAUGUUAGAGGUCUGAAAAAAUAGGGUUAUCAAGGACGUUGAUAAGAAUUAUGUUCAGGGAAAAAAAGGAGGAGCAGGACUUAGUAAAGGAAUUGGAAAAGAUGGGGUAACUGCCAUCUACAAAAUAUGUUUUUCACCUGUCUCUAGUGCCUAAUAUCCAUUCUUGAUGGCCUAGUUCUUCAAGGCUCUGUCUUGCACCAAGACCCACAAAAAGCCAGCCACAAAGCUUCCCUUUAGAGAGGCUCUUUUUUUCCCCUACUGUCAUUUGUGUUUUUCCUGUGAUUCCCUCUCUUCCAUUCACUGUGGUACUCUGUGCCAUUAGUCACCCAGAAGCAGCAACAGACCUCCCACUGCUACUCUACCCUUUUGCUCAUUCCUAAGAAGGUUAAAUGCUUGAUCACCUUAAGCAGACCAGCAUGGCUAUGAGGUACUCAGUGCAGCACCAGUAGGGUCAAGGAAAACGUUUCAAGUCCAUGAUUUCUUAACUAAAUCUGUUUCUGACUAUUAAUCAUAACAGAGAGCGAGCUACAUUAUUUCCAAGAUUUCCAAGAGCUCCAGUAUUUCCAAGAUUCCAUUUUCAAAAAUGAACUAUUUGUGAGCAGUUACAAAAAGAAAGAACAAAAUAUCUCUUGUGAGAAAUACUGGAAUGCUGCAAACAGACACAAUAUCACUAGGGUCCCUUUCAGCCCAAAUAAUUUUGUGAUUCUAUAACAAAAUGCCUCCCUUCUGAUUUUAGAGCUCUGCAAUGUCUGUGCUGUCUUGUCCUCACUGAUGUAUCAGCCCUGCCUACGAGGAUUGUGGCCAGACUGAGCAGAGAGGUAAGAUAAAGGCACAGAGUGCAGAUGUGUGCUAAAUGUCUGUCUCCUCAUCCUCUCUACUGUGCUUCACAGAAGAGGCUUCCCUGUGCCUCCUCACUGCCUAAGUGGGUAUACUGACCAUGAGUCUCAGGUCACGUGUGCCACCACAUUAGCCCAGGCUGCAACCUGCCAACACUGUCCAGCUGAAACAGCUCUUCCUCAGUAACAGACAUGGAUUCUACUGGGAAAGCAUUAACCAUCCCUCUGGCUCACAGAAGCCAACUGUUCAUUGCCCAGCUGCAGAAAAAGCAUUGUAUCAGCUUCUCAGAAACAGAAAACCUGAAGCAUGGAUAGCAGUUACUAAGGAAUCACUUUGGGAGCAGGCUGACCUGAGAUGCAUGAGCUGUUGUUGUUAUAAUAAGCCUAAACUCUAUCACUAGGCAGAUUCUUGAGUUUUGUUUCAGAGCAGGCUGGAAAAGUUGCAAGUUAGAAACUUGCUAGCAUAUAACAGGACAGUGAUUAUUCUGUAGAAAAUGACAUUUAAUCUCAUUCAGUGUAAACAGCCCAGCACAGUUAUCAGUUCCAGCAGCAUCACAAAAGUUAUCCACUUUCAAAUUAGACCACUAUUUGUCCAGAGAACUCACCAGGAGCCUGAGGAAAGUCCUCCAUCCAGCAUACCACAAAUACAACGCAGUUGAGGUAAGGACUACACAGGCAGCUGAUGAGAACUGCAAGCCUUCCUGGCCUAAGAGGACUUUUCAUCACAUUACCCACUCUCAUCUCUGUUCCAGAAUUUUCAGUUUGCUACCAGUCACCAUUAGUCUUUAUCUAAAUGUCAGUUAUGGGGAUUUCCAAGAAAGAGAGGAAGGAGAAUCAGUAAGAAUCACCACUUAUAAAGAACUGUGUGUUCUGAAAUAAUGUAAGUUCCAAAGUCAAGAAGCUGCUUUAACAAACAAAAGGCUGAUUAACCCCAGAUUGCUUUGGCAUAGAGGAAAAGUGGACUGGGACAGCACUGGACUCUUUCAUCAUCUAUUUCCAAGCCAACAAGAGACAAGCUCCACAAGAACAAAAUAACAGCUUGAUUCUGUAAUGCAUCUCCGUCAUGAUAAGCUUUCCAAAGUGCUUUGCAAAAGUUGUCACAAAAAAGGACAAUUCUGCUAAAAUACCAUGUGGGCAAGCCACCUAAGGGAAUAGGAGGACUCUGCAGUACAACUCUUACAGACUGGCUCUGUCUCUGAUCUCUGAGACUUAAAAAGGCCUUAGGCACAGGGCAACUAUAACCUGUUAGAGUGAAAACACUUCUUGCCUGAACCUCCCUGUAGCACUGAAGUCUACAGAUAUUUGGACUUAUUCCCCAGGCAAGUUCAGUUCCAAGUCAGUUAAUGCAUUUGUUAGCACUUUGAAAUUAUUUGUCUGUGUGUAAACGGCAGCUUUAAGCUGGUAGACUGUCUUUUCUCAGGAGGUGCUGUCAGGGAAAAGAGACUUCACUGGGGUCGUGUUCCAUUUCUAAUAAAAACUGGACCAUAAUCAAGCAGUUCUCCAAAAGGUACCAGCUCACCUCUCUGGUUAAAAUGAACUGGCAGCCCGAGUCCUAUUUCCUGCCACAGUUCUGUUACUGACAGGAGAGGGUUUUUGAAGUUCACAAAUGAGAACAUCAAAAGCAACAAGACUAAAAAGAAGGGGAGGAGAGCUCCCCUUCCUUCAGUGUAAGAAGAUUAGGUGUGACAAACAGUGACUGGCUCUUAGAGAAGGGCAGAAAAAGAGAGAAAUGCCUGUGCAGAAUUCAGGUUGUGUUAGACUUAUUUCCUUGACUGUGAUGUUCAUUAACCCUCCUCUGUGAGGGAAAAUAAAAUGUGUGUGACAGCUGGGGUCCAGUCCAUUAGAAACACAAACGGUCCACUAGUGGACCCUGCUGCUGACUUAACUACUGCCCCUGGGAUACAACACCUGUACGUGCUUGUCCUUGCUCAAUGUACAUGCCUGCCAAAACCCCCCACACUUUGUCACUGAAUUUCCUCAUACAGAACAAUAAAGAGUGAUUAUUAAAGAGAAAGAAACA